AUGAGGCCCAAGCCAAUGCGAUCCUCGGCGCCAAGCCUUGCGGAUCGUCUGGAGGAUCCCGGAUUAUUAAUUACCGGAAAUCAGAUUCUUGACGCCUCUUUAGGAAAGAAAUCGAUAUCUGCAGGCAGCCAGCCAGGCACAAGGCUGUCCCCGUCCUACUGUGUACGGUACUUUGGUGAUACCCGGCGUAUUCAAAUGUCUACCAGUAUUGCAAAGGACAGCAUGUUUACACGGAAAAGGGAGACAAAUGUUCCUUUGUCCCGACAUCAUUUCCGAGGAGAUGACACCCACCCACGAAGAUCAAUAUGGGUGGUUGGUGGUUGGGCAGACACACAAAAGUCCGACCAACCCCCGUCUCCCACAAUAAUGAUGCUAAUCGGUGAUGGUAAUUGCAACCACCAAAGUUACGGUGUGACGGGGGAGAAUGGGGAAGGAGACAUUCUGCCGCUACCUCUUUGGGACACUGGCGGUUCCAGAAGUUACCUUUGUUUCCCCGUUAUCUGCCUUUUCUGGAUUUCCUGGUUUGAGAUCAUUACUACACAGUUCUUCCCUUGUGCCGCUGACUGUCCUGGGCUUGGCUCGUCUUAUCCUCUCCCUCUCUCUGCCUCCCUCCCUGCUUCUUUGGUUCCUUUGGAUCUUCUCCUUGUCUACUAUCUUUUCAUCAUCCUCGUCUUCGUCGUCUCCCUACUGUCCUCUCUAAACUCGUUCCGGUGGACAUCUGCCUCACUUGCCGUCCCCAUCUCUCUCGCUACCUGCAAUAGUCGCGUGCCUGCAUACGGACCCAGCCGUCUUCCGCAUUUGGCAUCCUUCCGCUCGGCUGGGUCUCUGGCCAGUGCCAACACAGCAAGUGUGUUGUUGCUAAUAGCCGAUCUGCUCAGACUACUAGACUAUAUCUAUCAGAUAUACUCCCGCUGGGGAACUGCCCACUGGACGUUCCCCUCCCUCCUCUUCUGCUCUCGUGCUCUCUUCCCAUCCAUGUAUCUCGCUCAGACUCUCGACCAGAGCGCCUCGACAGGCCUAGGACGCCUUAUCAAACAGUUUUGCCGUGGAUUUAAAUUGUGA